CGUGGUUCCUAUUCCACUAGCUGUCUCUAACAUUGCUAAUGUGCGUAAAAAUCGGUCAGAGGCUUGAAAUCAUUUUACUGCAGAUCCUGACUUAGAUAAGAGAGCUAGAUACAACUAUUGUGGUUGCUUAAUCAAGUACGAAAAUGGAACAAGUGCCAUGCAUGCUCAUUUAAAGAGAUGCAAGGAUAACCUAGAUAAAGAUGGAAACAAAAGGCAGAAAUCAGCUUUGUCCUCAACAGCGAUUGUGGAAGCAAAUGUUAGUUCUUCCCCUUCAUAUGCUAAAUUUGACCAAGAAGCUUGUCACAAUGAACUUGUGAAGAUGUUUGUGGUCAUUGGGCUUCCUUUUUAUUUUGUGGAGAAUGAAAUCUUUCGGAAGUUUUUGAGCCUUCUUCAACCAAGAUUUAGUGUUCCCUCAAGAAUUGCACUUGUGCGUCAUAUUUUGACACUUUGGGAUACAGAAAGAACAAAUUUAAAGAAGUUUCUUUCCGAGCAUUAUCAAAGAGUAUGUCUCACCAUUGACAUGUGGAGUUCAAGUCAAGGUAUGAGUUUUAUGUGUUUAACUGUCCACUUUGUUGAUAAUAAUUGGAAGCUACAUAAGAAGAUUCUAAUUUUUUUCAAGUCACAAGCCAUUCAGUUGAGGUUAUGGCUAAAACUGUUGAAUUAUGCAUGAAUGGUUGGGGAUUGAGUGGUGUUUUUAGUGCGACAGUUGAUAAUGCUUUGCCAAAUGAUGUUGGGAUUCAAUACUUGAAGAACAAAUUAAUGUCUUGGAACAACUUGGUUUUGAAGGGAGACUACAUUCAUAUGCGUUGUUGUACACGUUUUGAACUUAGUUGUGAAGGAAGGAUUAGAAGAUAUUGAUGGUUCUAUUUCAAGAAUUCGUGCAGCAGUCAAAUACAUAAGGUCUUCUCCAUCUAGAUUGUCUAAAUUCAAGGCAUGCAUUGAAAAGAAAAAAAUUGAGUAUAAACCAAUUUGUUUGGACUUUGAAAAUAGGUGGGAUUCAACUUAUCUGAUGUUAGAGGCUGCAUUGAUGAACCAAGAAGCAUUUGUAGAGUUGCAAAACAAAAAGUAUGAUGAUGAGUUAAGAAAGGGUGAAGGUGUGCCGACAUAUGAAGAUUGGGACAAUGCUAGACUGAUUUUGCCAUUUUUGAAUAUCUUCUAUAAAGCUACUUUGCGCAUUUCCAGUCCCUCUUAUGUUACUGGUAACAUAUACAUGUUAGAGGUAUUUGGAAUUGGAAAAAGAAUUUGUCAAAUGUGUGAGUCCAAAGAUAAAAGUAUAAAUAUGAUGGCAAAAAGGUUGAGAAAAAUAUAUGAUUAAGUACUUGGGAAAUCUCAGUGGUCUAAACAUAUUAUUGUUAAUUGCUGUUGUGUUUGAUCAACGAUACAAAAUGGAAUAUGUAAAUUGGUCGAUCAACCAGAUUUUUUAUCCUAGCAAGGCAACUAAUUUGAAAGAGAAGGUUGAAUUUUGUUUGAAGUCACUUUUUGAAGAAUAUAAUGGUCCAAAUGGAGGGUCUUUGAGUGGAUCACAAAAAACAUCAUUUAACGAAGAUGGCAAUGAUGAUCCAUAUAGUUGGAAUCAAUUUUUACAAUCAACUGGGUGCAAAUCAAAUGCCAAAUCUGAGCUUGAUAAAUAUUUGGAGGAAUCCGUAGAGACCUCUUCAGAUUUGGAUGUCUUAAAUUGGUGGAAGCUCAAUUCAAACCGAUUUCCUAUCCUUGCAAACAUUGCUAGAGAGAUGUUGGCCAUACCAGUCUCCGCUGUAGCCACAGAAUAUGUAUUUAAUGUCGGAGGAAGGGUGCUUGAUCCUUAUCGUAGUUCCUUGACACCUAAAAUGUUGGAAGCACAUGUCUGCUUACAAAAUUGGCUAAAAGGAACUCCUUUCUCAUUAUUUUCAAAUGAAGAUUUUGAGGAGCUUUUAAAAAUUGAGCAAGACAUGGUUUCCCAACAAGAUGCUGCUCAUUCAGCCUCUUAGCCUUGAUGAUUGAUUGAAGGGGAACUUGUUAAGUGGUUUUAGGAUCGCUGUGUUUUGGGUAUGCAAGGCUCAUUGCUUUUUUGAAAUUCAUUUUGCUUUUCUAGUUAUAAAUUUCACAGAUUGAUGUCAAUUUCCUUCAUUUAACUUUGCAACUGUUAUACUGGGAAGCACACUUUGUAUUUUCACGACUCAAGCUGUGAUAAGUUUGAAUCUAACCCAAAUUCUUUUUUUCAA